UGUGCCCUCAGCCGAGCUGGAGUUCGUGCAGAUCCUCAUCAUCGUCGUGGUCAUGAUGGUGAUGGUGGUGGUCAUCACCUGCCUGCUGAGCCACUACAAGCUGUCCGCGCGCUCCCUCAUCAGCCGCCACAGCCAGGGCCGCCGGAGGGAAGAUGCCCUGUCCUCUGAAGGCUGCCUCUGGCCCUCGGAGAGCACCGUCUCGGGCAACGGGAUCCCCGAGGCACAGAUCUUCGCUCCGCCACGGCCCGCCGACCGCCUGACUGUGCCCUCCUUCACCCAGCGGGACCGCUUCCACCGUUUCCAGCCCACCUAUCCGUACCUGCAGCACGAAAUCGACCUGCCACCCACCAUCUCACUGUCAGACGGCGAGGAGCCCCCACCCUACCAGGGCCCUUGCACCCUCCAGCUGCGGGACCCCGAGCAGCAGCUGGAGCUGAACCGGGAGUCGGUGCGCGCACCCCCGAACAGAACCAUCUUUGACAGCGACCUGAUGGACAGCAGCCUACUGGGCGGCCCCUGCCCCCCCAGCAGUAACUCGGGCAUCAGCGCCACGUGCUACGGCAGCGGCGGGCGCAUGGAAGGGCCGCCCCCCACCUACAGCGAGGUCAUCGGGCACUACCCGGGCUCUGCGUCCUUCCAGCACCAGCAGGGCAGCGGGCCACCCUCCCUGCUGGAGGGCACCCGGCUGCACCCGGCACACAUCACCCCCCCGGAGAGCACAGCCCUCUGGAGCAAGGAGAAGGAUAAACCGAAAGGGCACCCUCUCUAGGGGUCCCAGGGGGCCAGGCCGGGGCAGCCUAGGUGAAAGGCACAACACCGCGCACUUCUUAGAGGACAGAGAGGGCGGGACGCGGAAAACACGGCCAUCCCCAUCCUCCCCGCCUCUCUGUGUAUAAAUAUUUACAUGUUCUGUUUGGUCCGAAUGCACAAGCUAGAAAGCUUGCAAAAAAGGAAAAAAAAAAAAAAACCACCCCCGUUUCUUUGUUGAGCUGUGUCUUGAAGGCAAAACGAAAAAAAGUCCUAC